AUGUCCGCCCCCACCGCCUCCGUCCCCGUCACCUGCUGCGGCCGCCCCGGCGGCUGCGUCUGCGCAAAAGAAGCCACCUGCUCCUGCGGCAAGCAGCCCGCUCUGCACUGCACCUGCGAAAAAGCAUCCACCGAAAACGCCGUCGGCGGCGCACGCUGCAGCUGCAACCAACGCGCCGCCGGUGCCUGCACUUGCUCGCGCUCCACUCAAGAAAACACAAAGCCGUCUUCUGGCGAGGCUUGCGCUUGUGGCAAGAGAUCAAAGGAUUCUUGCUCUUGCAACGGUACUGAGAGUGCUGCCGCUGCCGGUGGCGAGUACCCCGACGAAAUCGACUUUACUACCAAGGCUUAA